UGACAGAACUGCUUGUUCUGCAUUCUUUCAAACUCUAUUCAAUAACUUACAGUAUUGUCAUGUUAAUGACUUUUCUAUCUGUCAAAUUGUAACAUAGGAAUUAAUGGCACUGAUUUGUUCUCAUAUUUACAAACGAAUUUUGGUAAACAAAUGCAAAAAUUUUAAGAAAUGGAGAAAUCCGAACUGUCUUUCCAAAUUGCCCUUAACUUCAACAGCAGCAAUUCUAGUUUGUUCAUCAACAUCAAGAUCAAGAUCUUUGAGUACUACUAGCAAUGAAUGUGCCUCUCGUAGGGUAUGGGAGGUUCCAGAUCACCAUGAAGUUUCCAAGUUGAAAGCUAUUUAUCAGGACCCCAAAAGCUUAGUGAAUCAGUUACUCGGUCCUAUGGUCAAAUCAGGAGAUACAGUUGAGCCAAUUCUUGUAUUCAACCCUAAACUAAAUGGUCAUAUGUGGAGGGCUCGAUUAGAACUAUAUUGGCCACACAAUAUAAACAUAACAGGUGUACACUGUUCAGUUCAUCAAGCAGAAGAAAAUGCCUAUCUUAUGGCCUGUGAUCUGUUUCGACAUCUAGGAAUGUUAUUUGAGAAGGAUGGAAAGAUGAUGGCAGUAGAUGAAAAUUAUGUCUUUCUAGUUUUACAAAUGUUAUAUGAGAAAGGAACAUACACAGGUUUAAAUACACACAGUCAAUAUAACUUUAACCUUUCCACAACUAAAGUGAAAGAAGAGGAUUCACCAGUUUGGCAGUCUGAAUUACGAGUUCCGUGGCCAUAUUCUUUUAGUGUAACAACCUCUGGUUCAUCUCUCCAUUCUACACAAUAUAUGACAUGUUUAUUGACAUCAAUGCGUCUAAAGACAAUAGGUUUAUUGAAUAAAAGAAAUUGCUUGGCUAUGGAAAAGAUACCCAAAAUAAGUAGAAAAUUUCAGUUGUCUUCGUUGAGCCAGAAGAAACCAUUAACAAGGGAAGAAUUUUCUCCUCAUUUUGAAAUUUAUGUGGAUGCUUCUCAGUCUGGUUUUGGUGCUUACCUACUUACUAAAGAUGAGGGAAAAAUCAACUGGAUAUCUGAACCAUGGGCAAAACAUUUUCCCCAUAUUGAUUUAAAACAGAAGGGUGCAAGGAUUAAUAAUACAUUUUACGAGUAUUAUGCCUUAGUUUCAGCAUGCUACACAUGGAAACAUAAAUUUGUUGAUAAGCGAGUGUUAUGUUGGUCAGACAAUAUGAGUGCUGUACAAUAUACUAAUGAAGGACCUCGUUGCUGUGAUAAAAAUCAACUACAGACGUAUGGAAAACUUUAUAUGAUAAUGAUACAGAUGUGUGCCAAAUAUAAUAUACGUUUAAAAGCGUUGCAUGUUCGUAGGAUGGAGAAUCAUGCAGCGGACUUAUUAUCCAAAUUAAAUGUAGGUGAAUUUAAAAAAUUUGUACCAGAUGCUAAAUUAAUGCCGAAAAAAACAAAGAAACUGCUCUUCUGGAGACCACUUAUUGAAAUUGAUAAACCUAAAGAUGACUCAAAAUCUUGACGCAUAAGUUUAUGUAUGUGUUAUAUGUUAGGAUAAUUUUAUUUUUUAUUAAAUAUAUUAUAAAUUA